AUGGAAAAGAGUGUUCUCCUCUGCCUCCUUUUGCUUUCCUCUUAUAGUUACGUCUCGGCUCGUUAUGAUCCACCCAAAUCCCUAGUAUCAACAGUCACCAAGAACAGCAUCUUACCCAUCUUUUCCUUCACACUCAACGCAAACGAAGAGUAUUUCAUCCACAUAGGCGGGCCCUACAUUGUCCGCAGCUGCAAUGACGGUCUCCCUCGCCCUAUCGUUCCCUGCGGCUCGGCCACGUGUGCUCUCACUCGUAGAGUCAACCCUCACCAAUGCCCUCCUCCCAAUAACACAAUCAUCAACACAAGAUGUGCUUGUCAAGCAACUGCCUUUGAGCCAUUCCAACGUCUAUGUAACUCCAACCAAUUCACCUACGGAGACUUCGCCAUAUCUUCCCUAAACCCUAGCUGUCCCUCGGUUACAUUCAGUAACGUGUAUUACCUAUGCAUACCCAAGCCGUUCCUCUCCGACUUCCCUCCCGGUGUUUUCGGCCUUGUGGGGCUUGCACCCACGCCUCUCGCCGCAUGGAACCAGCUGACUCGACCUAGACUCGGCCUUGGGAAGAAGUUUGCGUUGUGUUUGCCUUCUGAUGAAAGGCCUACUAACAAAGGCGCUAUUUUCUUUGGUGGAGGUCCGUACACGCUCGGAAACAUUGAUGCAAGAUCCAUGCUCUCUUACACUCGGUUGAUCAAGAACCCUAGAAGACUCAACAAUUAUUUCUUGCGACUCAAGGGUAUAUCGGUUAACGGGGAAACGAUCUUGCUUGCCCCAAACGCUUUUGAUUUCGACGUCAAAGGUGACGGAGGCGUGACUCUGAGCUCCGUUACUCCUUUCACUACGCUACGAAGCGAUAUAUACAAAGUCUUUAUUGAAGCAUUCUCAAGAGCCACGUCUGAUGUUCCACGUGUCAAUAGCACGACACCGUUGGAGUUUUGUCUUAAGCCAACGAAAAGUUUCCGAGUGCCUCAGAUCGAUCUGGAGUUAGCUGACGGGAUAACUUGGAAAAUGCUUUCCGCAAACUCGAUGAAGAAGAUCAGUGAGGACGUGGCUUGCUUGGCUUUUGUCAACGGAGGAGAUGCAGUGGCGAAUGCGGUGGUGAUCGGAAUGUAUCAGAUGGAAAACACUUUGUUGGAGUUUGACGUUGGGAGAUCUGCUUUUGGGUUUAGUUCUUCUUUGGGGUUGGUGUGCGGUGACUUUCAAACACGGCCGUGA